AUGACUAGCUUCUUCAGAGAUGUUUCCACUCUAUUAAUUAGUUUAGAACGACUUAAGCAUGUUUUUGUCGCAGUAUCAUCACCCCCAACCACCUCGCCAAAGCCUACGACCACAGAAACGCCGAGUAGAGUGAAAGAUUGGGGACUCAGCGACUUAAACAACUCUAUUUAUGGCAACCCUUCGUCUCUGACUAUACAUCUUGAUAAAGGUGCCAAAUACCAAUCCAAUCUAAAUGAAAUCGACAAGUCGGAACAAAAAUCCGGUACUGACAAUGAUAGCAAGGGAGGCAUAUUUAGCGAUAAGGACAGUGGUUUUCCAGUUAAAAAGAAUAAUGCCAUGGUGAAAACCUCUUGCAACAGUAACUUUCCUAAAAACUUAUGUAUGAUUUGGGCUCUAAAUGCGGUUUGA